AUGAGAGCGAUUCGAUCUCUCGCUGCAGUGGCAGGGUUCGUCCUGGGCGUUGUUGCCCAAGAUUCCUCUGACCCACUCUACUACGACAAUCUCCGCGAUACCAACUCUGGGUUACUGAACGACGUGUCUGUGUCGGAGGACAGUAAUGUCUUUCAAGUUCAUCUGGGGGAUGGAACCCAGUACCGUUUGGCCGAACUCAAAGCCUUCUUGCCGCUUUCCAACGGUGCUUCCAUUCGAGCAGGCUACCAAGAUGACGCCGCAGCUGCUUUGUUGGCUGUCUACCAUUUCAACAAUCUCGAUAUGAGUCCCAUUAUCACGGAAGAAGACGUAGAAGGCUGUGAUGUCAAGUUGACCAUGGAAAUUGUCGAUUCCAAAUUCAGUCCGAUUGGCAGUACUCGCGUCUUUACCGAGUCGCUCCAUACGGAGAAUACUCUCUCAACGCCAUUGCCGACUGCGGUGAUUGGAGCCUACCGGUCAGCCACCACUUCGCCCUUGGCAAUUCUGACGGGAGUCAAUGGAAUCCCUCAGGCUAGUUACGCCUCGUCUUCCACCGAUUUUGACGUCAAGGAACAGUUCCCACUCUUUGGAAGGACUGUCACCAGCUCCACAGGAGAAGCCAAAGUGGCACUCGACUACUUUCAAUCCAUCAAAGCGUCCCAUGUAGGAGUCCUAUUCGUUACGGAUGCCUACGGAUCAGCUUUGCAAAAGGCGUUCCAGGAUGCUGCAAAUGAUGCAGGAAUGGUGACCGAUUCCGUGGCUUUUUCCUUCUCAGCCGAUCUCAAUGGGGACGAAAUUGAAAAUGCCAUUGAUCACUUGAAGCACACAGAGUUUCGACUGUUCUACGUCAUUUGCUUUGAAAAUCAUCUACGGCCCAUUGUCAAGACCGCCCUCGAACACGGUAUCAUCGGACCAGACUACUUGUGGAUCUUCCCAGGAUUCGAACGCACUGCAGUAGAACCCUUGAUUUCGGGAGACACCAUGAUGGCCAAAGCCACGCUGGGAAUGGGACUCUUGAAUGUCGAAGGAGGUGUCCGUAAAGAGCCCAUUAUUCCCAAACUGGGACUCGUGGCUCCGCUCGAAGACGUCCCCGAGACGGGAUACGAAAAAUUCCGCACCGCAUGGAGAAAGGCUCGGGCCCACUCCACCUUUGUCGAGUUUCUCCAAGCGAAGCUUCCCAACUCGCUGGAAACCAUUGAAGGAUUCGACAGGGAGGCCCCCUUUAGUAACGAGCCCGGAUCAUUCCGACCCAUGCUCUACGAUGCCGUCAUGGGGAUGGCACUGGCCAUGUGUCGAGCUGGAGACAGCACUGAAUUCUUCACUGGAACGAAUAUUUACGAUGAGUUCCUGCAGUUGAAUUUCACCGGAGCUUCGGGGAGCGUGCGUAUUUCAAACGAAACCGGAACUCGGGAGUUCCAAUCUUUGACAUACGCCCUCUGGAACAUUCAACCCUAUGAGGAUGCUGAUGAACAUGGAAACCCCCAAGUCAAACUCGUGCCCAGUGCGAGAUACGAUAAUGGUGUGUGGAAGUCAAUCGUUGGAAAUCCGUACAUUUUUGCUGAUGGAUCUUUGAAUCCACCGGAAUCCCUGCCUCCCGUCGACGAAAAGAUGAACUACAUUGGUGAUGCGGGAAGAAUUGCUGCCUUUGUUUUGAUGGCAUUGGUCAUGCUGGCAUCGGUCUUGUCGCUGGUUUGGAUGGGUCUGUUCUGGCAAGAACGUGUUGUCAGUUCAUCCCAGCCGUUGUUCCUGGUUUUGGUCAGCGUCGGUUCGUUCGUUAUGGUUUCCGCUAUUAUUCCUCUCAGCUACGAUGAGACCGUAACCGAAGAAAUUGAAUCCUUGAACAGUGCAUGCAUGGCUGGACCGUGGCUCUACAUCAUUGGUGCCGUCAUUGCAUUUAGUGCAUUGUUCGCCAAGACACGCGGAAUCCACAAGGCGUAUGCCAACCCUGAGUUGGAUUUCAUUCAUGUCACGUCCUUCGAUAUUUUUGGAACGCUCGCCUUUUUGCUGGCCAUCAACAUGAUUAUCCUUACAUGCUGGACUGUGUUGAACCCCCGAGAGUGGACUCGCACGCAGAAGGAUGCCACUGAUGUCUUUGAUCGUGCGGUGGAGUCAUAUGGAAGCUGUACAGGAGACGACUCCCUUCCCUACGUUAUUAUCUUGCUCGUGGUCAACUUUCUCUUUUUGAUUGUUGGGAACUGGUGGGCGUAUCAAUCACGAAACAUCGAGACCGAGUACCUCGAAAGUCGCUACAUCGGAAUUAGUAUGGCAGCUGUGUUACAGGCUUGGUGUAUGGGAAUUCCCAUUCUUAUUGUCGUCUGGGACACUCCGCAGGCGAAAUUCUUUGUGGAGACGGGUAUUAUCUUUGUUACGUCGCUCGCAUUCUUGCUGUUGAUCUAUGUCCCGAAGGUGAUGGCCAGUAUUGCCGACCGCAAGAAUGCCAUUGCUGAGGAGAAGAGGAAGGCAUACUCCAGUUUCAUCGAGAAUAGAGUUAAGCGGGAGAACUCGUACGCUGACACUGGAGCCAAGGGUGGUGCUGACUCUGACUCCGACAACAGCUCUGUCUCUUCUAUACAUGAAGGGGAAACGACUGACGAAACAAGCAACGAGAUUCGCAGCAGUGCCGAGUCCAGUUCGCCCGUGCGCACCAGCUUGACAAGUCGGGCUGGGUUGAUGGGCCUAGCGAAGCAAGCCUCGAACAGAAGUGCCAGGUUGGGAUUUAGUGGGGCACAAAAGCUUGACGAAAAGACUGAUCCAACCACCGGUAUCAAGAUUAUUCACAAUCCUCGGUCUGAACGCAACCUCAACGUGACUCAAGGGCGAGAAAUGAGCAGGAGACAGCUUGCCCAAUACUGCGGCAGUGAUUCCGAAUCCGAGGAUGAUCGUCCUGCGAAGCUGGAGAAGAUUAGCAGCAGUCAAGACCAGGAUGUUUCGGAACCUAUUCCGCCACCGGUUCCUGUGGUACUACCUGUAGAGGAACAGAGUCCUGAGGUACCGGCAGAGGAACACAGCCCCCAGCAAGAACAGAGCCCCGAACCUGAACCAGAAAAGCAGGUUGAGCCGACUGCAUAG